AUGAUUCAAACAGAUUCAGCAUCUAUGGCAAACACAAAACAGAGAUAUGCAGUUGUUACAGGAUCAAAUAAAGGGAUAGGAUUGGAAACUGUUAAGAGAUUAGCUUCAAGUGGAGUCAAAGUUGUUCUUACUGCUAGAAAUCAGAAAAGGGGUAUUCAAGCUUUUGAGAAAUUGAAGAAGGAUUUUGGGUUUUGUAAUCUGGUUGUUUUUCAUCAACUUGAUGUUACUGAUCCUUUUAGUAUUUCAUCAUUGGUUGAGUUUGUUGAGAAUCAGUUUGGAAGACUUGAUAUCUUGGUGAAUAAUGCAGGAAUCAAUGGUUUUAACGCAGAUGAGAUGAUUGAACCGAUUAUUAAUUGGAGGGAAUUGAGUCAAACUUACGACAUGGCUGAAAAAUGCAUAAUAACAAAUUACUACGGCGCUAAAGAAACUACCGAGGCUUUUCUUCCUCUUCUAAAGUUAUCUGAUUCACCUGUGAUCGUUAAUGUUUCCUCUACAGCAGGCCAAUUAAAGUACAUAUCAAACGAAUGGGCGAAUAAUGUGUUAGAUGACACUGAAAAUCUCACCGAAGACCUAAUAGACGAAGUACUAAAAGAGUUUCUGAAAGACUUCAAACAAGAUUCACUCGAAAACAAUGGUUGGCCAGUCUAUCUUUCGGCCUAUAAACUCUCGAAAGCAGCUGUGAAUUCCUACACAAGACUUCUAGCUUAUAGACAUCCAAACAUGUGUAUUAAUUGUGUUUGUCCUGGUUUUGUUAAAACAGAUAUGAAUAGAAACACAGGUAAUAUAACUGUUGAAAAUGGUGCUGCUAGUGUUGUGAGAUUAGCAUUAGUUUCUAGUGGUUCAAGUUCUGGUCACUUUUUUACUAGCCAAGAUUUGUCCAGUUUUUGA